AAUGAGAAGACAGAGUUGAAGUCUAGUGAGCAGGAGCAUCGCUUAUUCCCUCCCUUUUCUCUUCCUCUUCGCAUCCUUCCACAUCUCUACCCAUAAGGCUUAGCAGUCCUGUUCUAUUGUUGUCAAGGAUACUGAGUGAGCUACAGCCUUCCCCUGAUGCAAUGUAGACAGAGACGGAGAAGGAGUCAGAGAGAGCGAAAGCAAGGGAUGCUGAGGGCUGAGAGCAGGGCGCCUGGAUGCCCCUGAUGCCAUCUGCUCCCGAUCUACUGCAGCAAAGUAGCGUGUGUCUGACGCCAGCCCAAGGGCCCUCAGGACGAGAGACGUGGAGGAACAGGAGGCGCAGGCUGGGGGGAGGAGGAGGGAGACGGGUGCCAGUGGAGAUCAUAUAGCAGAGGAUGGGAGCAGUGGAGUCCGCUGAGAACGGACAGCCCCCCUGUCCCUCUCAGGAACGUCCCGAGAGCAUGAGUUCAGACUCAGAUGGUGCAUUCGAAACCCCUGAGUCCACCACCCCUGUGAAGUCUGCUUCUCCACCAGUGCCCCCAACAGAGCCCCCCUGCACCAACUCAGAGGGAUUGUCCCAUGAACACACAGCUUCCACUGCUGAUAUCUCUGCUAGUGAAUCUCAAGACCCAGAUCAGCUUCAGUCUCCCAGUCGCUCUCAGUCUACAGCCUUUGAUGAGGACAAACCAAUAGCUGCUAGUGGCACCUACAACUUAGAUUACUUAAUUGCUGAUGACCCCUUCCCAGAAUCAAAUUUUGGGUCAGGACCAUCAAGCCGAGCACCUCUCACCCGCUCUCUAAGCCUACAGUCUGGUGAGUUAGAGAGCCCAGGAGACAAAUUCUUAGCAGGAACAUCUGACAAGUUCAUUCACCCACGAGCAGAGUCCUUCAGCGUAGGAACAGAAAGUGCUCCUGGAACUCUUCGUAAAGUGAAGAAGCCCCGUCCAGGUUCCCUAAAGAAGAAACCUCUUUCCCGGCAGAACUCAAAUCCAGAGCAUUCCUCUUCCAAAACAGUUUCCUCUAGCAGCACCCCAGAGGAGAAAAAGAGAGGGAAACCACGGCCUGAAAGCCCCUUGCAAACCCAAGAGAAGCCUAGCUCCUCUCCCAGUCCUAGUCCUAGUCCUGCUGGUACAUUACGGAGGAACAGGAUAAAGUCUCGAGUUGAAAGCCCUCCACCUUUGGCCGAGGAGGUCACUGCCAGCUCAAUAUCAAGUCAACUCCAACCGGUGCUUCCUGAUCCAGUACCCGAGGCUCCAGCUGUCCCAGACGAGGAGUCUCCUAUCCCUCCCAGUGCCUCCUACAAAUGGGAUCCAGACAACUUUGAGAAUAUUGACCCAUUCCGUACAGGAGGCAGUAAAGUCGCCAACUCGCCGGUUCUGGGUAGAAAAGGGGAUUUUACGUUGGUUUCAGAGACCCCUGUUGCUUUAGAGGAGCCUCGUUCCUCUUCCCCUAUUAAAGAGCAACCCGUCAACAUUGAGGAACAGCCAAUUCCCAAGCGCCAACCAGUCAGACUGGAGUUUGACUAUUCAGAGGACAGUGGAGAGGCUCCACGCAAUACUCCUCCUCCUAAAAACCUAGGCAAGAAACCAGGGGCGAAGAUGCCCAUCCGAAAGCCCAAACUGGGGAUUAAAAAGGCCCCUCCAACCCAGACAGAGCACCUAGACAAUGCACCUGUCCCUGCACUUUCAAAUGACAUUGAUGAUAUCCCGAUCUCGAAGGGGUCAUAUAACUUUGAUCCCAAUAAGUGGGAUGACCCUAACUUUAAUCCAUUUUCUUCAAACACUGGUAUCCCCAACUCUCCUGGACUGUCUAGAGGAUCUUACAGCUUUGAUUCUGACUCCUUUGAUGGAUCAAUGGAUCCCUUCAAAUCAUCCAACAAGAUGGAAAACUCCCCUCCGAAAGCUGCAACUUUUGACAAGUCUGACAACGAGAACGACAAUGAUAAUAUUGUUGAAUUGGGGGAUCAUAACCAGAACAAACCUGCCAAAAACAAAAAGAAGCCUCUCAAAUCGAAGUCCAGCAAUGUCUCUUCCUUGUGUUGUUUCUUAAACACUUUCAGAGUGAAGAAAUCCCCAAAGAGGACUCAGAUUACUGAGCCAUCUGCUCAAUGUUGUCCUGUGUGUUCUCCGCUCUCGCCCUCCACUUCACACACACAUAAUCACCUGCAGGAGCACUCGCCUGAUGCCAACCCCGAGCCUUCCCAGGAUCACGCAACAGAUGAGGAGAAACUGGCUUCCUCCACCAAUCAGAAAUGGACUAGACAUGACGUAGAGGUGGAGCUGACCUCUGACCCCCAAGACUUCCCGCAGCCGACUGACUUUACAGCUUUUGUCAACGAGAACAGUUUGCCAGCACAGAGUGAUGUUACGGACUAUGAGAUUGAAUACAUGGAAAAGAUUGGCUCCUCCGUACCUCCUCUCUCAGUGAAGAAACCAUCACUUUAUCUGAAACUGGACUCCGUGACAGACAGUCCAACAAAGACUUCCAACAUGCAAGAUUCAGAGCCCAACUCUCCCUGCACUGGGAGCUUUGAGGAGAUGGAAGCUCAGAUCUCGCAGGGGAAAUCACCUGUGCUGCCACCACGAGGUGCUCGUGACUCCUUGACCUCAGAGAAAAGCAGAAAAAGAGACAGCCAGUCUCAGAGUCGAACGCAGAGCAAUGAGAGAGAUGGAGCGUCCCCCAUCCAGGGCCCCAUGGAUCCCUCAGAACUACCCCUCUUAGACAGACUGUCUGAUUCACCUGCCCCUCUCAGCUACCUGGAGCCUGAUCUGGCAGAGACCAACCCCACUGCCUUCGCUCAAAAACUGCAGGAGGAGCUGGUGCUCGCAGCCCUGAGGAUAGAGGCUCUACAGGUAGCCAAAAACAUCUCUCAGAGCCCCACUUUGUCCACUGUGUCCCCUCAGUCUCGCCUCAAGAAGCCCAGCCCACGCCGCUGGAAUCUCAACGGUUCACACAUGGCUAAAAAAACUGCAGGAAAAUCCACACAGACAGAUAGCAAACUCUGUCGCAGGACGGCCCGUAUUCCACAGCAGAGAGAAGCGGCCUCACCAGGAGACAGCGGGGUUUCGAAGAGCUCCCUCUAUUCACGAACAGGAUACAUUGAAGGAGAAAGCCCUCAUUUGCCACGUGACAUGGACCACUCUCUUGGCAUUGCCAGAGAAGAGAUUGUUGUGAAAGAGAAAGAAACCAUGGAGUGGAAGAGAAAAUAUGAAGAGAGUCGACGGGAAGUGGAGGAGAUGAGGAGGAUAGUUAUGGAGUAUGAGAAGACUAUCGCAGAGAUGAUUGACAAAUCUUUCAUGCCUCUGGACCCAAACACCGAGGGUGAACAGAGAGAGAAGACUCUGUCUCAUCACACUAUCCAGCAGUUGAUCCUGGAGAAAGACCAGGCUUUGGCUGAUCUCAACUCUGUGGAGAAAUCUCUCGCUGAUUUGUUCCGUCGCUAUGAAAAGAUGAAAGAUGUUUUGGAAGGCUUCCGGAAGAAUGAGGACGUGCUGAAGAAAUGUGCGCAGGAGUACCUAUCCCGUGUCCGUAAGGAGGAGCAGCGUUACCAAGCCUUGAAGAUCCACGCGGAGGAGAAACUGGAUAAGGCGAAUGCUGAAAUCGCUCAGGUGAGAGCCAAAGCCAAGCAGGAGCAGGCAGCGUAUCAGGCCAGUCUGAGGAAAGAACAGAUGAAGGUGGACUCACUGGAGCGCACACUGGAACAAAAGAACAAAGAGAUUGAGGAACUGACCAAAAUUUGUGAUGAACUGAUUGCCAAGAUGGGAAAGAGCUAGCCGUCCAUUCAACAAAGUUCUGUCUCUACUACAAAAGGACAAAAGAACUAUAACUGGACAAGAGUGUAAAGAUGGAGGAGCAAAGUUAAAUUGUUUUGGUAUUGUUUUUUCCUCUUUCUAAUGGACAGAACAAUGAACUAACCAAACAAAAGAUCUCACACUACUGACAUCUUCACAUAAACUGGAGUUCCAAGGACUGGGAGAACACACUAGUUUCUGGCUGUAAUUAUUUUCUCUUCAUUUUGAUAUGUUAAUGUACACCACCUUACCUAUGUUGAGGGUCUUGUGAAAGUACUCCCCAUCAGUAGAGACUUUUUUGAGAGUCUGUAUAGCUCACUAGCACACGCACACACACACACAUACACACAGACACACGCAGAGAGUAUGUGUUUAUAGUGAGUCUGAGGUUUUGAGUGCUGUUGCCAUGACAACCACUGAUGGAGCCGACUGUUAAUCUGAUUCCUGUGGUUCCCUCUUCUUAACUUGAAAACAGAAAUGACCAGAGAAAAAAAAUCUAUAUAUACUAUAAAACAGAGGAAUAAAUCAUUCAGUUGUCACAAAGUGGUAUUCAUGAUCAUAAAAAAAUGCAUGUCGUAGGCCUUGACGGUUUUGUAAAUAUGAAGAUGACUUGAAAAUAGUAAAGGAACGUAACUGCAGAUUUUGAUACUGGUAGUUUAUCUGCUUCCUUGUGUAUCUUUGUAGAUACUUGUUGUUCAUUUGUUUCGUUGUCUUCUAGCAACACUGAUGUGUGAUUUUAUUUUUGGAUUUAUUUUGAUAUAUAAAUGAACCCACGUAUCACUGUCAGUGGUUCUGAGAUAAUUUAAUCUGAAUGGUUUUGUCUCAGUCCUGCUAUAGCUGAUGUUUCAGACAAGUGAAGCUCUGUCGCUAUACAGGACAUGCUUAAAAAGUGCAAUAAAAGAUGGCAAUACA